GCAGCUGUCGCUCGGCGCUGAGCCCUACGGUCUUCGCAGUUCUCUAGCGGAGCGGCUGCCUAGGGAGGGGACUCCGAUCCUGCUGCGGUGGGAGAGGCAGGAGCGGGACCCCGUGAGGGUAUUGAUCCCACGGUGGGUGGGGUGGAAGAGUCGCUGAGGAAGAGAGGGAAGAGAGGUUGGCUAGCCUGCUGGCCAAAGCGUCGUUCCCUAGUCCUAAAAAGGAGGGGCGAUAUGGACGGUCCCCUAACUCCCAGGGAGUCCGCAAAAUUCAUUGCGGAAAACAGUCGGGAUGUGUUCAUUGACAGCGGAGGCUUGCGGCGGGUGGCCGAGUUCCUGCUCGCCAAGGUUUCGGGUCCGGAGCUACGCCUGGGGGCCUGGAAGGACCUUCAUGAGCUGAACCCCAGGUCGGCCGACGAAGCCGCAGUCAACUGGGUUUUCGUUGCAGACACACUCAAUUUCUCCUUCUGGUCCGAGCGCGAUGAGCACAAGUGCCUGGUGGGGUACAAGGGGAGAACGUACACUGGGUACUGGUCCCUGUGCGCCGCUAUCAACAGAGCCCUUGACGAAGGGAUACCAAUAACUAGUGCUUCGUACUAUGCCACAGUGACCUUGGAUCAGGUUCAGCAUAUACUCCGUUCUGACACGGACAUUCCCAUGCCUUUGAUAGAAGAGAGGCAUCGGAUUCUCAAUGAAACGGGGAAAAUUCUGCUUGAGAAGUUUGAAGGCUCUUUUCUUAAUUGUGUCCGGAAAAGUGAAAAAAGUGCACAGAAGUUAAUGCAUCUGGUAGUUGAAAGCUUUCCCUCUUACAGAGAUGUGACUGAGUUUAAGGGGAAAAGAAUUUCUUUUUACAAACGGGCCCAAAUCCUCGUGGCAGACACUUGGAGUGUGUUGGAGGGAGAAGGAGACGGCUGCUUUCAGGACAUCUCCAGUAUUACCAUGUUUGCUGACUAUCGGUUACCUCAGGUUCUGGUUCACCUGGGUGCCCUGAAAUACUCUGGUGAACUACUGGAGAAACUUCUCAAAGGAGAAAUGCUCUCAUAUGGGAGUAGGCAAGAGGUAGAAAUCAGAGGAUGCUCACUUUGGUGUGUUGAGUUGAUCCGGGAUUGUCUUCUGGAACUUAUUGAAAAAAAGGGUGAAACAACUGGUGGAGAGAUCAAUUCCAUUCUUCUGGAUUAUUACUUAUGGGACUAUGCCCGUGAUCACAGGGAAGAUAUGAAAGGAAUUCCAUUUCAUCGAACACGUUGCAUAUAUUAUUGACCCAAAGUGUAAACUGAUCCAAAGAAAACUCUUUACAUUUUUAUAUCACAUAAUCAUUUAUACAAUUUCACUUUGAUAUUAAGAGAAGAUGGUGGGGUUAAUUUCUCCUGAUUUAUCAUGUGUUUUCCCAAAUAUAUCCUUUUUUUGCUUUUUAACUUUAACUCUAUUUUCCCUUUUUGUGGACACAUGACAGAAAUAAUGAAGGAACUUUAAUGCUUUCUUUAAAUCUCAGAUUUCUUAAAAUAAAUCAUGUCGUAAUUUGAUUAAUCUUCAGUGACAAUAUUUCAUCUAUUCAGUUGGUAUCAUUUCUCAAGGUAUAAUUUUCUAUGUAUUGUAAUCAUUUGUUAUGAGAAGGGGAUGGGUAGGGUCUUCGUUGUAUAAAUGCUGCUGCUCUUAUAAAAAAUUAGCUUGACAGCUUAAUAUCAACUUUUUAUCAGUAAUGACAGAGAGUUUUGUACAUAAUGAUUUCAGUUGAGGAUAUUGAUCUGUCUAGGUGUUUUUCUUUCUUUUUUUUCUUUUUUUUCAGAGUAAACUGCAUUGAAACUGAAUAAAGAUUUUUAAAACUUUUCUUAAACCUGGAAUGGAUCAUUCCAUUAAAAUAGAAUUUACCAGAUAUAUUUUUAAAAGGUUUGCAAUGGGUUUGGUUAUUUAUAUUUCAGAACUCUCAUUGCCUAUCAUGCAUUUAUUUCCCACUUUCAUGCCCAUCUUCAACAUAAUCUUCGUUUUCGCUAUCUUAUCUAACUUGUCAGCCCCCUGUGAAUCAAAAAGAUGUCUUUUCCCCAAACACUUUACUGCCAUCUGCUGGAAACUUGUCAUAAUAACCUUACAAAUGACAAUGAACAGAAUGUGAGUGCCACCCUCCAUGUCUCCCCGGAAUGUUGUUUUGCACAACUUGCACCAUUACAAGUAGUGGCUUUGUAUCUCCCUCCACUGUGUGGAGCAGGGGCAGUUAUUGAAGAAAUAGAAGUCUGCUUAUGGAAAGGAAAAGGGAUGGCAGGCAGCCUAAACGACCUUGUCUCCCACACCUUUGUGUGUUCAGAAUUCUUCAGCAGGUGGGGAUCAUUUCAAGUUGAGAACUGCUGAAGAAGAGCUAGGAAAAGGGUAAGGCUACAUUCUGAGUUGGUUCAAGGAAAGAACUAGCCCAGUUUCCCAUCUGGAGGUGGGAAAAACCUAGUAACUCCCUUUCACCAUUCCCAUUUUGACAUUCUCUGUAUAAACUAAGGGUUAGUUGGCAUAUAAAUCAGUAUUCUUUGGUUGUAAGAAUGUAAUUCAAUUAUUAAGAUUCAAUAACUUUGAUGAGGCCUGAAUUAAAAGAAACAAUAGGUCACAAUGCAAUUCAAUAAGAAGUCUACACAUAUUUACUUUGAGGAAUGAAAAUGAUAUUUGGAAAGCAAAAAUCAAUGAGAUCAUAAUUACACCACACAUCCUCAACUCCC